AUAUAUGUGUGUAUAUUAUAACGGCGAUAUUUCCCUUCUACCUAUCGACUCCAUUAACAAUAGUGUUCCACUUAUAGUUCUUAAACGUUUACCAAGAAACACACUCGUGAGGUUAUACAAAAGAUCAACAAUGAAGAUUCCUCUCUUGGGGUUACUUUUGCUCCUAAGUCUUGUUGGCUCUCCUACCAGGGCCGAGGAAGGACCUGUUUGCCCAAAAACUGAAACCCUUAGUCGUGCCAGUUUCCCGGAGGGCUUCAUGUUUGGUACCGCAACCGCUUCCUAUCAGGUUGAAGGCGCAGUAAAUGAAGGUUGUAGAGGACCAAGCCUGUGGGAUCUCUACACCAAGAAAUUUCCACAUAGAGUUAAGAAUCACAAUGCUGAUGAGGCCGUCGAUUUCUACCAUCGGUACAAGGAGGAUAUCAAGUUGAUGAAAAAGCUGAACACUGAUGCUUUUAGACUAUCCAUUGCGUGGCCAAGAAUAUUUCCCCAUGGGAGGAUGGAGAAAGGAAUAAGCAAAGAAGGAGUUCAAUUUUACCACGACCUUAUAGACGAGCUCCUUAAAAAUGACAUAACACCACUAGUAACGGUUUUCCACUGGGACAUGCCCGCCGAUUUGGAAGAUGAGUAUGGUGGCUUUUUGAGCGAGCGUGUAGUGCCGGAUUUUGUGGAGUACGCAAACUUCACGUUCCACGAAUAUGGGGGCAAAGUGAAAAACUGGAUUACGUUCAACGAGCCAUGGGUCUUUAGCCGUUCAGGCUACGACACUGGGAAGAAAGCACCGGGGCGUUGUUCUCCGUACAUCAAAGAUUUUGGACAUCUUUGCCAAGAUGGACGGUCAGGAUUUGAGGCUUAUGUCGUUAGUCACAAUUUACUCAUUAGUCACGCUGAAGCCGUUGACGCUUUCAGAAAGUGCGAAAAGUGCAAAGGUGGUAAAAUUGGGAUUGCUCAUAGCCCGGCUUGGUUUGAACCAAAAGAUGUGGAAGGAGGUCAACGUACUGUAGACCGUGUACUUGACUUCAUCAUGGGCUGGCAUUUGGAUCCUACCACGUACGGAGAUUAUCCUCAAAGUAUGAAAGAUGCGGUCGGAGCUCGAUUGCCCAAAUUUACAAAAGCCCAAAAGGCAAAACUGAAAGGCUCAGCAGACUUCGUGGGAAUAAAUUAUUACAGUUCGUUCUAUGCAAAGGCAAGCGAAAAGCCUGAUUAUCGGCAACCAUCUUGGGCUACAGAUUCUCUAGUGGAGUUUGAACCCAAGACUGUUGAUGGAUCCGUUAAGAUUGGUAGCCAGCCCAGCACUGCUAAGAUGGCUGUAUACGCAGCGGGUUUAAGGAAGCUUGUGAAAUACAUAAAAGACAGAUAUGGCAACCCUGAGAUCAUAAUUACUGAGAAUGGUUAUGGGGAGGACCUUGGCGAGAAGGAUACAGAUCAUAGCGUUGCUCUCAAUGACCACAACAGAAAAUACUAUCACCAGAGGCAUCUUCUGGCCCUGCAUCAGGCUAUUUGGUGAGAUCAAUUAAAUCAUUUGUGUGAAGACAAGGUGAAUGUUACAUCUUAUUUUGUGUGGUCAUUAAUGGACAACUUCGAGUGGCAAGACGGGUACACAGCUAGGUUUGGUCUCUACUACAUCGAUUUCAAGAACAACUUGACUCGUAUGGAGAAAGAAUCUGCAAAAUGGUUCACUGAAUUCCUCAAACCGGGCCUGAAGCAAAAAUCAUCCAAGUCGACGUUCAGCGAGGAGCUCUAAAGUCAAGUUUUCUACAAGAUCUCAAGCUUUAGUCACGUGGGACAAUAAAAGAAAGAUGAGUUUGUGUUGAAGUUCUUCGUAUUAUGUUUAGUUUCUAGUGCAGUGUAGUUAGAAGUGUCUUCAAUAAAAAAAAGGGUUACAAUACCCAAAUAUGUGUGUACAUGUAAAGCGCAGAUGCUCUAAGUCCGAAAUCUAACGUUUUUUCACGCUUACAAAA